AUGCUCGAAUUGUUCUCGGUCCCCGUGUUUGUCGUUGUCUUUCGAGAGACUCUCGAGACGGCCAUCAUUGUCUCUGUCUUGCUGGCUUUUCUCAAGCAGACUCUUGAUGGCUCACAUCGCGAUGCCAACCUUUAUAAAACCCUACGCACACAGGUCUGGGCUGGAACUGCGACUGGCUUCGCAGUCUGCGCCAUUGCAUCUGGUAUCAUCAUUGGCACAUUCUACAUUCUAGGGAGCGAUACCUGGGCAGACCAUGAGUACUACUAUGAAGGCGUGUUUUCGCUCAUUUCGGCAAUCAUCAUCACCAUAAUGGGCGGCGCUUUGCUGCGCGUCGGAAAGAUGGAGGAUAAAUGGCGAGCCAAGCUGUCCAAGGCGAUUGAGGAACCCGUCGUAGCUGGUCACGGAAAAAGGGCCUGGCUGAUCAACUUGUUUGAGAAGUAUGCCAUGUUUGUAUUGCCUUGUAUCACUGUUCUUCGCGAGGGUAUUGAGGGUAUCGUUUUCGUUGCGGGCGUGUCAUUCUCUGCGCCCGCUUCAGCUGUGCCUUUGCCCGUCAUUUUGGGUUUGACACUGGGCGCUCUCGUUGGAUAUGCUCUCUACCGGGGUGGUUCAUCUGCAAAGCUGCAGUAUUUCCUCGUCGCUUCGACCUGUCUUUUGUACCUUGUCGCGGCAGGCUUGUUCUCCCGUGCCAUUUGGCUUUUUGAGCAGCAGCAGUGGAACAAGGUUGUCGGUGGCGAUGCCGCGGAACUCGGGGAUGGUCCUGGAUCGUACGAUAUUGACCGUAGCAUAUGGCAUGUCAACUGCUGCAACCCCCAACUCAACGGCGGAGGAGGCUGGGCUAUCCUGAAUGCUGUUGUCGGAUGGAACAAUUCCGCCACAUACGGAUCUGUUCUCGCAUACAACUUGUACUGGGUGUUUGUCAUUGCACAAUUUACCGCAAUGGCAUACAAAGAGGAUCAUGGCCAUUGGCCUCUUGUCAAGGCCAAGGAAGUGCACACCAGGACAGACUAG